GCACAUUAGCUUUAGCCAGUAAAGAGGUGUAUGUUGUGAUUAGCUAUCAGACAGGGUAAAGGGAUAAGUCGGUAUUAAUGAUCUACGUGUUGAAAUAUACAAAUGGACUGCUUGGUGCACAUAUUUAGCUAAUUCAGUGGUCGAUGUAGAGUCACCGUGUUUUAUACAAGAUGCCUUCAGCGAAAGUGCUGAAGAAUGCCCAGUACAUAGAGCUGGGUAGUUAUCAGUACUGGCCUGUCCUUGUGCCCAGAGGAAUCAGACUGUACACUUAUGAGCAAGUACCAGGAUUUCUGAGGGAAAACCCAUACAUCACUGACGGCUACAGAGCUUAUCUCACCUCUAGGUUGUGUAUUAAAAGUCUUUUCAUCCUUUCCAAUGAGACUGUGAACAUCUGGAGUCACCUGCUUGGGUUUUUCCUGUUCUUCUCCCUGGGAGUGUAUGAUAUGGUAGCUGUGCUGCCUAUGGUCGGAGCCUCCAGAGAGGAUUACGUCAUCUACUCUAUAAGCCUCUUCUGCUAUCAGGUGUGCAUGCUGUGCUCAGUGGGAUUUCACCUGUUCUGCUGUCAUCGUUCGGAAAAAAACAGCCGGCGCUGGAUGGCACUGGAUUACGCAGGGGUUUCUAUCGGAACGUUGGGCUGCUACGUUCCAGGUGUCUUCUACGCUUUCUACUGCAAUAACUACUGGCGGCAGGUGUAUUUGGUUAUGGUUCUGGCAAUGACACUAGGAGAGUUUUUUGCUCAGAUACACCCCCUUUACUUGACGAAGAAGUGGCAGAAGCUGCGUUCCAUCAUCUUCUGCUCCGUAGUGGCCUACGGCUUCAUCCCUACCAUCCACUGGAUCUGGCUUAGUGGAGGUUUCGGCUCAGAAAUAGUGCAGGACUUUAUUCCCAGAGUGCUUAUAAUGUAUCUGCUUGCUGUAGUUGCCUUCAUCUUUUAUGUCUCUAAAGUUCCUGAGCGCUACUUUCCAGGUCAGAUGAACUACGUCGGCUCCAGCCACCAGAUCUGGCAUGUAUUAGUGGUGCUAAUGUUUUACUGGUGGCAUCAGUCUGCACUAUUUAUCACUAACUACAGACACAUGCACCCCUGCCCUGUCUACCUCCAGCAUGCUUAGAGCAGAACGACCAGCUCUGAGAAAGCAGCACAACUGGAAUAGAAAUCUCACUAGAGCUGUGUUUAACGCACAGCUUUUUGCAAAGUGAUGUUAUUCCAGGUGAGCUUAAUUAUCACUCCAUUGUUCAAGCUAAUCAUGACUACAGGCCAUUUUCAUCACUAUGAGGGUCUAUAGUGAAUCUCAUGUGUUAGCUUGCAUACAUGUUCAAUUUUAUCUGUAAGUAUAGUAGAAGUGCCUAGCGAUUACGUCCGACGCACUUUAGUUUUAAAGUGCACCGCAGGACCAUGCACUACUGUAGAUGAUGAGAUAGGAAGUACUUCUACAAAAAACACGACCAUGUUUGAUGGCUGUAUUCAUCAGUAAAGUCUUAUAUGUGGGUCAUUAUGAAUGACGAUAGGUGAUAGGAUUACGAUUUUCAUCAGUACUUUUAUUAUAGUUAGGAAACGAUGAGUCUGUUCCACUGACAGUGAGCGGAACGGGAGAAUAUGCAGGAAAUUCGGUUGUCAGCAAACUACCCAGUGGUAUUUUAUAUCAUACCAAAGAUUUAAUGCUGCAACAGUGGAGUCUAGAACUAGAUGUUUUUUUUACAAAUAAAAUAAACAGCUGUUAGUAUGCUGCGAUUUACAUUUGGUGAAAUUGAACCAGGAGCAUUUACUUAAUAUUUGAAGAAGAUAAAAACGGACUGUGAGGCAGUGCAGACUCGUCUGAUGCGAUGCGAAAUGUGUUACAUGAGGUUCAUUGUAGCUCUUAAAUGAUGUGGUACAAAAUUUCUUUAUUUUUUUUUUUCUUGACAAGCUAUAAUAGACACUGGGACCUCAAUUAAAAAAAAAUAUUUUGUAUUAAUAAGCUGUUUGCCUUUUUACUGCAAAAACUAUCAGCUUUUUAAAUGUACUACCUUCCUCAGAAUUUGUUGUACUUUUAAAAACUGUUUGUAUUAUAAUGUACUUUUUUGGUAUGCAUUAAUCAUUGUGCAAAAUGUGUAAUCGUGCAUAAUUUAUUUUCAGUGUAUUGUUGAGACUGCUGUGAUAGAUUAGUAACACAGGUUUUCUUUUUAUAUCACGAGAAGCAUUUGCCUUUGAGAGAUUUCCUUUUACAUGAUGUUAAAUUGUAAACUGUACACUGUCUUUUACUACCUUUUUUUUUUUAUAAAUGUUUAUUUUCAGUGAAAAGCUUGAAAAAUGGCCUCUCAAAAAAAUGAUUUAAACAUGAACAAAGUUAAACUAAUAAGAGAAUAAGAAUUCAGUAUUUUAUUGCAUUGUUAGAGAGCAGUGUAGCAAGACAAAUCAGACAAAUAAGAAAAAUAAAGUAAAUAUUGCAAUGCUAGUUGAUCAAUUGAUAAGCUAACAAUGUGGCUGUAGUCAGUGAUGGUUUCCCAAGUGCUAUAAAAGUCUGUCCUGUUUUUUUUUUUUUUUUACUGCAAAACACCCUUUUCUGUUCAUUUCCAGUUAAAUUAAGUAUGUUUAUAUGCUUUGUUAGUUGAAGUCAAGAUUCUGUACAAAAGAAAACUGAACAAAAUACAUUCAAAAAGUACAAA